CUCCUUCUGGAGAAAUGUCACUUCAUGGUCCUGUCCGUCGGUCUGCACGGUCGACCUCCACGGUUGCUUCCGCUCAGUCGUCACUAAUCGUCCGUACCAUCUCGCUUCGACAUACCGCUGGACGAUAACAGCUCGACCUCAACCACCACCUCCAUGGCCGAUAUCCUUUUCUCUUCUAGUAACCCCACCACUCUUUAAAAAUUCCGCCUAAAAAGAAGAAGCGUUCUGUCCCCUCUUUUGGGUUUUCAGCAAACGUGUACAACAACUAUCCAGAGGAUCUAGGGGCAGCUCUUUACCGAGAGCCGUUUGACUUCAACGCCGAGCCACCUUGGGAUCCUAGCUGAUAGUGGACGAGUUCAUCCCAGGACUCAUCCAUUUUGUUGCAUAAGACUAGGACCCCAGGGGCUCGAGUAGGUGCGAGCAAGACUACUUCGGACUAUCCACGUUCUUUAUGCCUGUCGGAUUAGAAGAAAACGGUUGAGAGGAUGAAAGGAAUCGCUGCUGAACCACAGUAUUCUGUCGGUCUACUGGAGGGAUGCACAGCCCUCUGUGAUGUGAUUGACAAUCACAUUGAUGAACAAACUCUGUCUGAGAAGAGUGCAUUCUUUGUAGCAGACCUGGGAGUUAUAAUGAGGCAGCAUGUUCGCUGGCGAACCCACAUGGCCCAAAUUCGACCCUACUAUGCUGUCAGAUGCAACAGCAGUCCAGCUGUCAUUGAAGUUCUUGCUGCCCUUGGAACUGGAUUCAUUUGUACCAACAAGUCUGAGCUUGAGCUCAUCCAGAGCCACGGUAUUCCCUCUGAGGACAUCAUCUACAGCGGUGUUUGCAAACAAGUCUCCCAGAUUAAAUACGCUGCUAAGAAUGGCAUUGACCUCCUGGUGUGUGACAAUGAAGCAGAGCUGCGCAAGAUUUCUCGCUGCCACCCCAAUGCCAAGCUGCUGCUACAGGUUUCAACAGAAGCAUCUGGCCUGGACGAUGAGAUGAGCAUGACUUUUGGCUGUUCCCUCAAGGACUGCAGGCAUCUGCUGGAGAAGGCUAAGGAGUUGGGUGUGCAGGUAGUUGGUGUCAGGUCGCACAUUUCCAGGACCUGUGAGGAUGACCAGGUGUACGCUCAUGCCAUAUCUGAUGCCCGUUGUGCCUUUGAUAUGGGAGAGGAAAUUGGCUUCAACAUGAAAAUCUUGGACAUUGGAGGUGGCUUCAGUGGCUCUGAGACCCAGCUGGAACUGAUCAACAGAGCAGUCAUGUCUAUGGUUGAUCUAUACUUCCCUCCUUCUACUGGAGUUUCCAUAAUUGCCGAGCCUGGCAGCUUCUUUGUGUCCUCUGCUUUCACUCUGGCUGUGAAUGUCAUCUCCAAGGAGGUGGUGGCACGGGAUUGCCAGGACGAAGCACACGACGAUCCAUCUCCCAACGAUGAGCCAGAGUUCCAGUACCACGUGAACGAGGGGGUGUACGGAUCAUUUGCCAGCAAACUCUCUGAAACACUGAUUCCUGCUCCAUCUGUUUAUAAGCAGAACAAAUCCCUGGAUGCUCCAGUGUUCAGCAGCAGCCUGUGGGGUCCCUCUGGGGACGACCUGGACCAGGUGGUGGAUCACUGCCUGUUGCCUGAGCUAAACAUCGGAGACUGGCUCACUUUCGCCCAAGCAGGGUCCUACAGUAUGGGUCAGCCUCUGUGCAGCGCCACAGACUCACCACCACCCCCCGUAUACUAUGUCAUCUCCUCCAGAGACUGGUUUGAGAUGCAGGACAACGGUGUCACACACGAGGCAACACUGAAGAACUUUUCUUUGGUCCCUUAUUUCCUCAAUUCCUGCCAAACAGCGGCUGCUCUGUCUGUCCCAGCUUAGCAAUCACCAGACAUAUAGGAAGACUUUACUGGUUCCUGCUGCUAGCUUCCUCUGGUCCUCUGGUUGUAUAGUUUAUUCAGUGGUCCAUAUUCAACUGGGAUGAACUAAACCCGCUGUGCAGAUAUAGCUUGAAAUAGUUGGGACCAGACUGAAUUCCUUUUACAAACCCCAACAUAGAGUAAGUGAUUAAACCUGCUAAACCCAAGUAGAUGUUAACUAGUAUGCAACAAAAUGGAUGACUCCUAAAAGACGGAUGCAUUCUUCCCUUUUGCUUUGGCCGUCCCACGGCACUACAGUUUACACUCAUACAGUAGACAUGUAUUGAUUUUAAAUGAUUAUAUUUGACAAAUGUAUUAUCUAUGUCUUAAUUGCUUUUGCCAGUCUUGUAAAGUAAGAUAUGUAUCCCAGAGUAAAGCGUUGUAUUUAAAUGGAACACAGUUCUUAGCUUUACUACAAGAUGUGUAUUUAUAAUUUUAAUUAGUUGUAAAGUUAAUUCAGUGUGAUAAGAGCUUGAUUUCAUUAUUUGUUGUCCUCAGUGUUUUGGGGCUUGCAUAUGAAGGUGUUUUUACUCAUCUGUU